AUCCAAGAGGAAAGUACGGUCAUACAACUCCUACCACUUCUCUACAACUUCUCCACUUCCUAAAUGUUUGGGAUAACCUGCACAACUCUUCAAAUUGCUUUUUCUAAUUCCCACAAAAAACAGAACCAUCCGUAAAAAUGCCAAAAAGAACCGUAUUUUGGCGCUUAGUUUCUAGGUUUUUGGUUCCAAAUUAGAUUUUAGAAGAAUAUAUAUAUAUAUAUGGGACAAAUGAAAAGGCUAAUUGCAGAGAAAAGAAGGAUUCCUAAGCUUGAGAAAGAUACUAGGUCACUAGGGAUAAAAGAAAAGUGCUCAUGGCACCAGGAGGACGUGUCUAUAAGCAAAAAACACUUACUGGAGAAACUAUUUCAGUUACUCAAUCUGCCGAUGAGUGAAAUAAGCAUACUCCUGCUACUACUACAGACGAUACAACUAGAAUUAAGAAAGGUCGAGGAAAAACUAGGGGUAAAGGUCUCGAGAAGUUGAAGUCGUCUUUGGAAAAAAAGAUGGUGAUUGAGAUCCCAGUUGGUAAAGGGAGGCCAGUUGAGGCAGUUCAAUCAGCAAAACUCUCAAAUGAGUUAGGCAUCAUUGCACGGAAUUUUCUUACGCUUCCGAACAAGUGGAAGGAACUCACAGUAGAGGAAAAAGAUGUUGCGCUGAUUAGAUGCCACGAGAAGUUUGAAAUUAAUUUGGACGAGCAUUAUGUCAAAGAUAGUUGUGAGGAUAUCCUCAAAAAUAAAAGUCGGCAGUGGCGCUAUAAAUUAAAAAGGAAGUUUGAAAGUGCAAACUCCGUGGAAGAUGCUCGUAAAAUUGAAGUUCCGGAAUUGACCCCAGAAAACUGGAAUACACUUUGUGGCAUGUGGUCAAGUCCAGAGCAUAAGAAACGAUGUCAGGUAAACAAGGUCAAUCGAUCAAAACUUAAAUAUAAUCAUUUCAUGGGGUCAAAAGCAUUUGUAGCUGCUCGUGCUGAAAUUGGUAAAACGAAUGAAGGGGUAGAACCGAACAAAAUUGAGUUCUACAAAGAUACUCAUUACUCAAGUGAAAAAGGCUGGUCAUCUCAAGAAGCUAAAGAUAACUAUAACGACAUGAAUGAUUUGAAAGCUCUAUAUAGCGAGGGAGAUUCUACUAUGACUAUUGAUGAAAUUGUGGAUGUUGUACUUGGUAAAAAGUCGGGAUAUUUAAAAGGUAUCGGUUAUGGUCCGAAACCUAAUACUGCUCGAGCAACGCAAAGGAGAAUGGCAGAGUUAGAAGACUCUCUUAGAAAGGCGAAAGAGGAAGCUGCCGAUGCCCAAGAUGAUUUACAGAAACGAUUAAAUGCAGCUGAAGUUGUGGUAGAAAAUCAGCAAACUCUGAUACAAGACCAGCAGUCGCAGAUACAAUCAUUAAAUUCACAACUGAAUACUCUAUUGGCACGCCAAGAUGAUAUUUCAAAACAACUACAACGUUUUAUGAGCUCAUCUCGAUCAAGGUUGUGGAAGGUGGAAAUCAAGAAAAGUUCCUAGAGAAGUGUUACUACAAUGGUAUUUUGAGAAGCAACCUCCAUUUUUUUCUUUGUUUUGUUGAUGUUUAGUAUGUUUUACAGUUACACUUUCAAGUUGGAUAACAUUACUUAAUAUUAGUUUUUAGGAGUAUUAGUUUUUCUUUUAGGAAUAUGUCAUGAGAUAGCAUCUCAAUGUCAUUUUGGUUGUUCUUAAUUACUAUGUGACAGUGUUUAAUUUUCUUAUUAUUUAUCUUGC